AGCACCAGACAAAGUGCCGGUUUCCCAGCCCGUGUCCCCCGAGCCAGGCUUGACUGCCCAGAGGCCAACGUCCCCUCAGGAGCAGCCUGUGGAGCAGCAGCCCGUGGUCCUGAGCACCAACAGCCCUGCUGCUCUCAAAGUGGGCACGCAGCAGAUCAUUCCCAAGAGUCUGGCGUCUGAAAUCAAGGUGACAAGCAAAGGCAGCAGCCAGAACGCUGAGACGAGCAAGCGGGUGCUGAAGGUCCGCAGCAUGGUGGAGAGCCUCAGCGUGCCCUUGGUCGCCGAUGCUGAGGAAGAGGCCGAGGGUGACCUGGACAGCCCGGGGACCCUGAGGCGCGGCCUGAGGUCGACGUCCUACCGCAGAGCAGUGGUGAGCGGUGUGGACUUGGACAGCUCUUCUAACUUUAAGAAAAAAAAUAGAAUGUCUCAGCCCAUCCUUAAAGCAGUUGUUGAAGAUAAAGAGAAGUUUUCGAGCCUGGGGAGGAUAAAGAAGAAAAUGCUGAAAGGCCAAGGGACGUUUGAUGGGGAAGAAAAUGCUGUAUUAUAUCAGAACUAUAAAGAAAAAGCUUUGGACAUAGAUUCUGAUGAAGAGUCUGAGGCCCGAGAGCAGAAACUGGAUGAAAAGAUUGUUUUUCACUAUAAGCCCCUGAGAUCGACGUGGAGUCAGCUGUCUGUUGUAAAGAAGAAUGGAUUAUCAGAAGUGAUCAGCCAGGAAGAAAGAAAAAGGCAGGAGGCGAUAUUUGAAGUGAUCUCUUCUGAGCAUUCUUACUUACUGAGCUUGGAGAUUCUGAUUCGGAUGUUUAAAAAUUCCAGGGAACUGAGCCUCACAAUGACCAAAACAGAGAGCCAUCACCUUUUCUCCAAUAUCACAGAUGUUUACGAAGCAAGCAAAAAGUUCUUUAAAGAACUUGAAGCAAGACAUCAGAACAACAUCUUUAUUGAUGACAUUAGUGAUAUAGUUGAGAAGCAUUCUUCUUCAACGUUUGACCCAUACGUGAAGUACUGCACCAAUGAAGUCUAUCAGCAGCGAACGCUGCAGAAAUUACUAGCGACGAAUCCAGCAUUUAAAGAGGUGCUGUCACGGAUCGAGUCCCACGAAGAUUGCCGGAACUUGCCAAUGAUCUCUUUCCUCAUUCUUCCCAUGCAGAGAGUUACUCGUCUUCCCUUACUCAUGGAUACUAUUUGUCAGAAAACUCCUAAGGAUUCACCAAAGUAUGAAAACUGCAAGCAAGCUCUGAAAGAAGUGAGCAAGCUGGUGCGCUUGUGCAACGAAGGUGCUCGGAAGAUGGAAAGGACAGAAAUGAUGUACACUAUUAACUCCCAACUGGAAUUUAAAAUCAAGCCAUUUCCAUUGGUUUCCUCCUCACGAUGGUUGGUGAAAAGGGGCGAGUUAACAGCUUAUGUAGAAGACACAGGACUUUUUUCUAAAAGAACUUCUAAACAGCAGGUGUACUUCUUCCUCUUCAAUGACGUCCUCAUUAUCACCAAGAAGAAGAG